AUGCACGAAAUCAUCACCCUGCAACUGGGGCAGCAGAGCAACUAUCUCGCCACUCACUUCUGGAAUACCCAAGUACACUUCAUCCCUGCGCCUGUCAACAACAUCAUGAGAAGCUUACAAACUAUACAGGAAUCAUACUUCACCUACUUAGAGAACGACGAGCCCCUCAUCGACCACGAUGUGCACUUCCGCCCCGGGCUCUCUCCAGAUGGCAAAACGGAGACGUUUAUGCCGCGGACGGUGAUCUAUGAUUUGAAGGGGGCGUUUGGUUCGAUGAAGAAGAUCAAUGCGCUUUAUGAAAUCGAGGGCGAGGAGCCUGAUCCCACCCAGUUGGACUUGAACCCGACGGCGUCUGGAGUAUGUAGGCCCGGAAAGACAGUCCUCCAAAAGGCCGACCCCAUUCAGCCUUCACCCUACACAGAAGCUCUGAACUCUGGCCUCCCACCUCCCAGACCUACCCCCGACACAGUGAGAUGCUUUUCUGAUUUCUCGCGGUUGUACUACCACCCACGGUCAGUCGUGCAGCUGAAUGAGUUUGAGGUAGCGUCGACGAUCCAGCCUUUCGAGCAGUUCAGCACUGGAGAGGAGUUGUUUAGGGAGCUUGACAAAGAGCACGACCUCCUGGACCGCGAUCUGAGGUAUUUCGCCGAAGAGGCAGACUUUAUGCAGGGAUUUCAAGUGUUUAUGGGGGUAGACGAUGCUUGGGGAGGUUUUGGAUCCAGAUACCUGGAGAGGAUCAGGGAUGAAAUCACCACUCAAAACCAUGCCACGGCCAAUAAAUCCCGCUCCUUCACCGAACUCUACAACCACUCCUCCAUCCUCGUCCCCCUCUCCCUCCCCUCCCUCUUACCCCCCUCCCUCACCAACUUCGACCCCACCUCCCCCUGGCACACAACAGCUUUGUUCUCCUCAGCAGUAGAAUCCGCCCUCCUCCCCUCCCGUCUCCGAGGCCAAAAGAAGGAAACCCUCAACACCAUCAUCGAAACUCUGGAUCUAACCGGCAAGCAAAAGGUUGCCGGGCUACAAUUCUCAAUCAACUCCUCCCCCAUCAGUGACUUUUCCGAGGGGAUCCAACUCGACAUUAGACUUUCCUCCUCAGCAGCAGACCAAAUAGACGUCUACUCCAUUCGAAACCAAAACCAAAGAACACCAAGAGUCUUCAGCCAGCUGCUCACCUCCCGCGGGUUCUCCCCCUCGGAAACAUCCGGCAAAGAAGGCGAGGAACUCGAUGAAAAAGGCCGACGUAUCCGCAAGAGCUCUUACGAGCCGAUAACCAAGACUUAUGCCACUGAGCUGGCGUUCCCGAUUUUGGAUUCGUUUCCCGCGAUUUUCACUGUUGAAAAGGAUGAAGAGGAGGAGAAUGAGGGAGCGGAGGUCAAGGUCAAGAUCACAACCAGCUUGUCGACCGACUCGAGCGUCUGUACUAGGUUGAGAAAGCUGAAGGACACGGUGAUCAAGAGCGUAGGGCUGGAGGACAGGGAGAUGCUGGGGAAUGAUUUGGCGGAAAUGGCGGAGGAGUACCAUGAGGGCUGGAGUGGUGGGAGUGAUAGCGGGGAGGAUGAUUGA